UUGCGUCUGGUGGAGGGAGAGUGAGCGGGGCUGCCCCGAAUGGAUUGACAUUAGAGGGAUUUACAUUUUAACGGGUGUCGUGCUCCGUAAAGACUACACGGUGCACGUUUGUAAAACCAACCAACUAUUCGGCUUGAUGUUUGUCCAUGUUGGUGCGUGUAUCAUGUACAUGUGUCAUCGUCGUGAGAGGAUUGAACUUGCCAGCAGUCUAUAUUUGUCGAGGAGGGAAACCAGUACAAGGUCUCGCUGUCUUGCUGGAGCGGAGUAUUAUUAGCAGUUCAGACAGUGCAACUGUCUCUCUGGUCAUGCACUGGAAUAACAGGAUAAUGAAUUCAUUAUAAUUCACAAUUCAAGGAUAAAAGAGACGAAGAUUAUCAAAGAAGAAAGUUGCAUGCUGAGUGAAAAGUAAACAUUCAUCUGGCUCCCAUGCCGGCUGCCAGAAGUCCUCCCCUCCACACCCUCAGCCAUGCCUGCUUCCACUAAACCCACAAGGAGACAGACACCUGCUCAGAGGAGAAAUGCCCAGAAAGUGAUCAGCACCAAGAGGCAAACCUGCAACUCAAACAGACCCGGAGGAAGAGCCACAGAGAAGCCCCAGAAAACACCUGCAGAACCCAAAAAGUCAACAACCAGGUCUCAGGUGCAGUCAAGCCGAAAUCCCCGUGGAAGAGGGGUUAGUGGGCCUGCUAGCCAGGGCCCUGGGAGGUCGCCUGGCAGAGUUAACCAUGCCUCAAGUGUAACAGGAUCUGCAAGACUAAGACGGCAAAGCAAUCCGCCUGAGACCCCGGGUGAGUUACAAGACCCCCUAGGUCGCAGGAAGUCCCUACGGGGCACGCAGGUGUCUGUUUCUCCCUGCCAGCCUCCUAAAGCAUGCAGAGGAGGGAGAAACAGGAGAGCUGGCACAUGGAGAGGAGCAGCAUCACAGUAUGGAAGGCAGCCAUCGAGCACCAGCAUCAAUGAUUCAACAUCUGGUGAGAAAUUAGACAUCCAUGAUGCUGAAGAAAUCGUUCCAGUUGCUCUCAAAACAGAUUUUGAAGUUCCUGCAGGCAUCAGAGAGAAGAGCGGAGGAAUCAGCAAUGCUAAAGAGGGCAGCCCUCUUAAAGCAGAUUCACCACCACGUGAAGACGCACUUGAGGACUGUGUGCAGGGCAGCUGUGACAGCACUAUAACCUUACAAGAUAGAAGGACUGUCUGCCAUAACAGUGAAAGUGAACUGAGGGGUGUGACUGUGUGUGAUGUCGAUGUACAACUUAAACCCUGUAGUAACACUAGGGAAGAUGGCUCUACUGAGCCGUCAGCGCUAACAACAGUGGUGCAGAGCAGCAUCGAGGAAAAUGACAGCUCAGGCAUCCUUGGAAAUAAGCUUGAUUAUCUUUCAAGGGAUGAUCAAGCUUCUUAUCAACAGGAUGCAUGUAUUAUCCCACAAGAGGAAGCUGACAUGUUGGACUCAAAAGAGAAAAGUACAGAUGAAAGAACGAUAGUUGUCCCUGAAGGGACGGAGGAGAUAAAUCACGGAGAGAGUCUAGAGGAAGAGACACGAAUUGAAGCUGUGGAAGAGAUGGAGAAGAUAGUUGAAAGGCUGAGUGAUAGAGAAGAAAAAGAGGGAGGAAAAAAUGGCAAGAAGAAUGAUAUUGACUCCUACCCCAGCACUCCUGCCCCUCAACAUCUGGAUUCACCUCCCCGUAACAAUGACCUAGAACCACCUGUAAGAGUCCUACCGCUCUGCAACAUAGCUACCUCAAAUUCCACCAAAGCUGCCACCACCUCAGAGUCGACUGAUUCAGAGGUGUUGAGACAGGGUAAGACAGACAUGCAACCUACUUUUCCUGGUGCUAUACCUUUAUUGGGGUGCUCAGCUGUCACUGAAACUGCCCUGAAGUUGCAGUCUGCUCAACUGCAACGAAAAACACCUGUUAUUAUCUGCAACGACUCUUUUAAAUCUACGAGAUGUAGGGAUUUACACCAACUCCAAAAUCUAGAGAUCCCUUCUUCACAAGCUUACACACCAGCAGAGUCGAACACCAAAGAGAGUCAGUCUUAUCCAGAGACACUGGAGCACCAGCGCCAGAAAGAGACGCCUUCACUGUCCCUGCCGGUUGUACCUCAGUUUGACUCGCUGACAGCUGAGCGCGAGCCAAACGUCAGCGAGGAAAGUGUUGUCUGGGUGCCAAAGAUCUCCACUCCCUCGCUGGACAGUAGCUCCACCUUCUCCUUCAGCUCAGAAAGCACCCGCUCCUCUUUUUCUUUUGACACUGAAUCAGAGGCAGGGUAUGGGGAGCCGAUCCCCUCUAUCCAUCCCGGAUCAUGGGGGACAGAGAAGCCCUCCUGGAGUGCUCAGAAACCGCAGAGAAAGGAGAAGAAGAAGCGAAGCAGGUGUGGGAAGUGUGAGCCGUGCCUGAGGAAGAACAGCUGCGGACAGUGCAGUAGCUGUUUGAACCGCAGGACCGGACACCAGAUCUGUAAACUGAGGAAGUGCGAGGAACUGAAGAGGAGAAGACCUUCAUCUGUGCUUACACUCUCUGCUGCUGAGGUGGUUCCAGAAAGUGGGUCGGUCAAUGGCAAAGGCAAGGCACAGAUGGAUGAAACCCACACGGCAGCGGCAGAGGAGGAUGAAGGGGAAGAAGGCCACAUACCUCAUACACCAUCUCCCCACAUCACCCACUCGCUCACCCACAACCUGGCCUCGGACCGAGGCAGGCGGCCUGCACUUGUUAAAAGAGAGCCCACGCUUGAGCUGACCGGCAAUGCACUUCAUCAACAUAUAUGCUCUUCUGUGACUUUUCAGAAUGGUUCUGUUGAGAACCUGACUAAACCUAAUGGUGCUAACAUGACCACUGGGUCGCAAUCUUACCUGAAAUCUGCAUUAAAACGGACUACACGUGCAUCAGAGCCUCAGAGGACUAUUAAAGCUGCAAUCCCUAAAGAAAGCUUUGAAAGUGGAGUCAAGACGCCUCAAGAUGAUGCAUCAGUUCCUCUGAAGAAGAUCAAACUGGAGGAACCGUGGAUGUGGACCACUGAACAGGCUGCCUCAAAGCUGUGUGACGGUGACGACGAGGUGUUUGAGGACCCGCUGUCCACGCUGGCGACUGUGGUGUGUCUGUCCGUCACAGACAGGAAGGGACUGGAAGAGAAACUCUUCAGCUCACGUUCCUCCAUUCUUUGCUCAAUCAAAACAGAGCCGCACGAUUUGCACUUCAUCAAAAAAGAGCCACAGGACUUAAAGAAUGACUUUUGUCAGAAAAGCACUCCUGUUAGCCUGCAAAGGACUCCCCAGCUUAUCAAAAGUGAAACUCCUCCAAGUGUCCUGUUGCCAAGUGUGCAGUCUUUGGCAGAGAGGCGAAAUCUUAGUGUUGAACAAGCUAUUGCUAUAGAGGCCUUGACUCAGCUCGCAGCUAUACCUCAAAGCACCCCAGGGUCCAUUAAAGCUGAAAGUAGGUGUGAACAUCCUGUUUCUACUUCAACCUCCAAUGCAAAUACAACCCUACAAGAAGCCAAACCCACAGCAGCUAUCCACUACAACAAAGUCUCUGUCAUCAGCUCUCCUCUACAUCAGACGUCAGUCAUACGCCCUCCUGUGGCAAGACAAGGGAAUGUCAUCCAGAGCUCAAAGGGGUCCCCCUCUAACACAAGGCGUUCUCUGCAGGAUCUCCUUGAUGCUGAUGAUAACAUGACCCCAAAUAGGAAAGAGUACGGCUUUGGUUCCCGUGUCAUCAAGUCAGAAAGCUGCUACAAAGACCACAGUGACAUGAAGUUCAGAAAAGAUCAGAAUAGGUUGUUUGGGGAUGACAAAGAUGGGGUUGUGAGUAAAGCAGGAAGAAACAGAGAUGAGGAGGAGGUGGCUGCUCAGCUGGCUAACUUGGCCUUCAUUAUUCAGGCCCGACAGUCGGAGAACAACCCUCCAAAAGGAACACCGGUGUCUGCCAUUAAAUACAACUACAACUCACAGCAAUCCCCCAGUCACAAAAAGACCCUCAUGAAGAAAACAAAAACUACGCCUUCCAAGCCAAGGAAGAAGAAGGUUAGUGAUGAGGGAAUCAACGGCAGGACCCCUCUCUCAAGGCGCAUGCAUAAUGGAGAGAUGAUGCAUAGAGGCAGAGGCCAGAAGAUUCUCCCUCAGGGGAAAUCAGCUUUGCACCAUAAGAGGAACCUGUUUCUGCCUGUGGCUCAAAUCGACCUAAAGAGAUACCUGACAGAGGCUGAGGAGGAGAGGAGGCAGCUUAUAUAUCACAGUAACGCACAUAAUCCCGCCUUUGUAAGGCUGCAGAAUCAGAACUACAGCACUAACCCACAGUUUCAUCACACUCCUGGACAAGCAAACCAGCCAUGGUCACUUUCAAAUGGUCAACACAAUCCAUGCAACGGUCACGCCGCAGAAGCAGCGUCAGAGUGUGAAAGACAUUCUUUAUCUCAGGUAGCCCAGCACGGUGCUGAUCCCAACACCAGCCCUUUCCUCACCCACACUAACGGACACCACGGCCUGGCUAACGGCUUCUCAGGGCCUCCUAGGUCCCCACCUCCUAGCCAGCAAGGCUAUUACAAGUUGGAGAGGUCAGGGCCAGUCACUGUCCUGUCCACGGCGACUGAUGGAGACUCCACAGAGUCGACUCCUAUCAAGAACGUCAACAGCUUUCUGGAGUCCCCCUUGAGCUUUCUGGAUACCCCGAUGAAGAACCUGCUGAACACACCCUCCAAAAAACUGUCUGAUCUUCCUUCCUGUCAAUGCAUGGAUCAAAUUAUUGAAAAGGAGGAAGGCCCUUACUAUACACACCUUGGGGCAGGACCGACUGUUGCUUCAGUGAGGGAGUUGAUGGAGAACAGGUAUGGUACCAAAGGGAACGCAGUACGGGUGGAAGUUGUUGUUUACACUGGGAAGGAAGGAAAAAGCUCCCAGGGCUGUCCAAUAGCUAAAUGGGUGAUCCGACGUGGCAGUGAGGAGGAGAAGUUGCUGUGUUUGGUCCGCCAGAGGCCCGGGCACUUCUGUGACACCGCUGUAUUAGUGAUCCUCAUCCUGGCCUGGGAGGGGAUCCCCCGGCCGGUGGCAGACCACCUCUAUAGGGAGCUCACAGAGACCCUCUUUAAAUAUGGCUCCCCCACCAGCCGCCGCUGUGCCCUCAAUGAAGAUCGCACAUGUGCCUGCCAGGGUUUGGACCCAGACACCUGUGGAGCUUCCUUUUCCUUCGGCUGCUCCUGGAGCAUGUAUUUCAACGGCUGUAAGUUUGCACGCAGUAAAGUACCACGCAAGUUCCGCCUGCUUGGAGACUACCCAGAGGAGGAAGAAAAAGUAGAGAACAACCUUCAGAAUCUCGCCACUGACCUUGCACCACUUUACAAAAGACUGGCCCCUGAGGCUUUCCAGAACCAGGUGGAGAAUGAGACGGCAGGAGGAGACUGCCGGCUCGGCAGGAGGCAGGGCCGUCCUUUUUCCGGGGUCACAGCCUGUGUGGAUUUCUGUGCUCACGCUCACAGAGACACUCAGAACAUGAAUAAUGGCAGCACUGUGGUUUGCACUUUAACAAAAGAAGAUAACCGUGCAGUGCGAAACAUACCAGAGGACGAGCAGCUCCAUGUUCUUCCACUUUACAGGAUCUCUGACAGGGAUGAGUUUGGUCAGUUAGAGGGUCAGCUGGCAAAGAUGAGAAGUGGUGCCCUGCAGGUUUUGUCUUCCUUUCCUCGAGAGGUGCGUCUCCUGGCUGAGCCGGUGAAAUCAGCCCGUAAGAUGAGACAGGAAGCUCGCCAGAAAGCUCAAGCAGAGAAACUUGAGAAGAAGCUCGGCCUGACGCCUCUCACACCUGGGAAAGUUAGAAGUGAAACCCCUAACAAAGAUCCACAGGGGUACUACAGCUCUUACAGAGUUCCACCCAGACCUGCCAGCGUUGGGCGGUACCAGCCACCAGAGAGAAACCAAACCAGCACUUACAGCCAGAGCACCAGCAGCUACCCCUCUCUGGCUGCAGGGGUCAGCCCACAGAAGGAGGUCAUCUCCCCCAACCACCAUGUCCAGUUUGGACAGAAUGGUGCAGCUCUUUAUUAUAAGGCAGUGAGUGACGCAGUGAACGGAUAUUCUCCAUCACCAGCUGAGCACAGUGUUCUGUCAGAACGUAUACCUCUACAUAACGCUCUUAGUGACUACACUCAUACUUUUAAAACUGAGCCCAGCGAGGAGCACUACUCUCCUCUGCACAGACCCUCCCCCAGUGGGAGUGCUCCUCCUCCCUCCUCCUUCUCCCCCAGACCUACCUCCGAGGGCCUCUUCAGCAGGCUCAAUGGGCUCCACCGGGCUGACAGAGAUGUCAGGGUGGAGGUCAGGGGCCACGGCCUCCCUCCGCUCUCAUCUCUCCCCCUUCCCCAGCAGACUCCCCCACUCCAGCACGAGGAAGUCAAGCAGGAGGAGGGGGUGUGGUCGGACAGUGAGCACAACUUCCUGGACCACAAUAUUGGUGGAGUCGCCGUGGCACCAUCACACGGCUCCAUCCUGAUAGAGUGUGCCCGGCGGGAGCUCCACGCCACCACUCCCAUCCUCCGCCCAAACCGCAGCCACCCCACCCGUAUCUCCCUGGUUUUCUAUCAGCACAAAUCCUUAAACGAACCAGGUCACGGCAUGGCCAUGUGGGACGCAAAGAUGGCCAAACGUGAGCGGGACCGGGAGGAGGAGGCGGAGAGGUUAAGGAUGGAGAACAGCCCAAAGAAGAAUGGUAAAAGAGCUGGAGGCGGGGGGCUGGAGGAAGAUGUAGAGGAGGAGGCAGAAGAGGAAAAGAGGAUGACGAACAUCCCCACACGUCAAGCAUGGACUCUACCAAGGGAUGGCGUCAUCACCGUGUCCCCUUAUGCUCUCACCCAAGUGACGGGCCCCUACAACCGCUGGACUUAACGUUUUUUUACUCACAAAAAAAACUCCUACACCCUGUGCUUCUGCCUUACCUCAACUUCAAACUGCUACUCUCAUUUUUACGUUGUUUUCAUUGUGCUUUUCUAAAAUCUGUUUGUUUCACUUUGUCCUUCUUUGUCUCUGCCUUUGGAGCGAUGAGGAAGACCAAAGUUGGUUGGCUUUUUUAACUGUGAGUUUUUGGUGUUUUUAUUGUAAAGAGAUGGUGCUUUGAAGCAUUUUUAAACUGGUUUUAUAUACAUGAUUAAGAACAAAAAAGAUGUGAUUAUUUAUUCUGAUCAGAACGAUUUCUAUUUAAUUCCUGGUGUAAGCCUGUUUACUGCAAGAUUUCUAUGAUAACCUUCAUUAUGUGUUGAUUUUAUGUUGUACAGCAGGAUUAUGCUCUUUAUUUUCAGCCAAUAGUUCUCUUUCAUGAGAGGAAAUCUGAUUGGCUUCUGUCAUUGGUGCCAUUCUCACUGUAACCUUCAUUAAGCAAACUCAACCCAUCACUUCAUGUAGAAAACAAGACUAAUAUUUACUACCAACUGUCACAUGUAGCAUCGUGCUUUUCCUCCUGUGCCCUCUGACGUCUGUUAGCAGGGGAUGGAAGAAGAGUUCUUUUAUUUUGGUUUGUUGUUUUUGUGUUCUCUCCAUCUUUUAUUCACAGCUAUGUGUGGCAUAUUAAGAAGCACUUUUUUUGUUUCCUUAACUUGAAAAGGUCCCAAUGCAUAGGCCUGAUGUGUAUGUACAGCUAGAGAUAUAUAUGACAGCUAAGCAUGAACCCUGGUUUUAUAUUACAGUAUUUCUCUACUAUUGGAUUUUCAUUCAUCUGAUUGAAAAUGACAUACAUAUCUAAUGAAAUUCAACAGGAUAGGAAUUGUGAGAUGCUGCAACAAUUAAGUGCUUAUUGUUACUGGCACUAAACAAAACUUCUGAAAGUCAAAAGUGUAUUGCUGUUUUCACACAUGCACUCAAAACUCCAGGAUAGUUUGUCCCUGAAAUCUUCCUGGGUUGCGCAAAUGCCUCACAUUAGGUUGGUAUAAUGACAAUUAAUUGUCUUUAUAUGGGUGCUACAUAUAAUUACAUGUAUUUAUAAUAUCAACAAGUGCUAAAAACAUAUGGGCAAACAGUUAAGUGUAUGAUACCGCUUUAUUACGUGCACUCAGAAAGCCAUGGUCACAUGAUAUAGAUGUGAUCAUCUUCCUAUGUGGUCCUGAAUAUUGCCCCCUAUGUUCACACUUCAGCUAACCCUUCACACAGACCUUUAACUCAGGAUCUUUGCACACUGAGUCCCCCUCUUUCAUGCAGGAUUUUGUUGUAUUAAUGAUCUGCAUUGAAAAUAAUUUUAUGGUUCUUUCACUCCUUGAAAGACAAAGAAAACACAGGGUUCAUCCACCCCUGACAGAUUCUUUUAUAUGUUUGGGUUUUUUGCACAGUCUUGUGCAUCACGGCGCUGUGCAAAGCACUGAAAAGCCUAUAAGAGGGUAACAUACAUCUUUUCAUUUCAGUCUUCUUUCUCUAUGUGGUUGUAAGUACUAAGCUCAAGGGAGCUGCACCCGCUGCUCAGAUUAGUUAAACAAUCCUCUAAAUCAGUGGUUCUCAACUGGUGGGUGGGGACAUCAGAGUUGGUCAAGGAGCUGUUUUCAUUGCAUCUUGAGAGACUAUGCUAACAGUGCAGUUAAAAGUGACCCAAAUCAGAUUUUUUUUUUUUUUUUGCUCAUAUUUGACUUAAUUCAGAUUUUUUUCUGAUACUGUAAACAGCGCAAAUCACACUGAAUCUGAUCUUUCUGUAUCAGACUCAGGCCACUUUUAUAUGUGGUACUAAACCAGAUACAUAUCUGAACUUUUGGAAUUUGCAAUAUGAAUAGCCAAACAAAGAAAUCAGAUCUGACCAAAAAAAUCAGACUCCGGCAUUAAAGCCAAAGGGGUCUGGCUGCAGAUUGUUCAUCUCUAACAGCUACUCUCACAGACUGUUAAUCUUAGACACAGUAAACAUGAGAACAGAAAUACACCCUAUGGUAAUGGUUAAGGUAGUGGUUAGAAUAACAAAAGUUGAAAACCUGACCUGCAAAACCUGAUUACAAAACAUUAAAUGAAGCCAAGUAAAUAGUCUGCUAACUGGAUAAAAGCUUCCCCUCUGUGAAAACAUUCUCACACAGCCAGUGUAGCUUACAUAUCUCUGUUAGCUGCAUAAGCUACGUAACAAACAUAGCUCAAAGCUUACAUAGCUAAAGCUAUGCUCACAAAGCAGCAACACAAGCUAUGUAUCUACUUAGCUAAAUUAGCUUUAGCAGUGUUUGCUAAAGCUCAUGUGGCUAAAGCUAACUUAGCUACAUUGGCUCAUGUAGUAACAUUAAUUAUGCAGCCAUUGUAGCCACGUUAGCUUUAGUUAACGCAAACAAAGCUAAAGCCAACCAUCCAUUUGUUACACGAUUUCUAAUAAAGGUCUACAUAAUUUAAUCCUGGAUUAGACCUCUGAUCUUUUUCUCUAGUCUUUUAAUGGAAUGAUGCUUAGGUUGCAAUGUGGUUAUUAAUAAAUGUAACAGCUGGAUUGUUUAUGAAUAAAGAAAAAUCUCAAACCAGAAAUAUGUUAUACCAACAAAUUAUGGCACUUAUGUUUUGAGAUAUAUGGUGUCUCUGAUGAAUGGUGUGUGAGAGCGACAGUCAGAGAUGAACGGCCUGCGGCCAGAGUGCGAUGUUAAGGCCUGCAGUGUGAACAAAGCCAAAGUAUUCUUGGAAAAAAUAAAUGUGUCAAAAUGUAUCUACCCUAGGUCGACAUACAUCCAUGUAUUUUAUUUUACUCCUUUUUGUGGUAAUAAGUAUGUUUUGGUUAUUUUCUUGAGAUCUUAAAAUAUUUAUGUAGGGAAAAGUAUUUAUAGUAAAUCAGAGAAUUCAUGCAGCUUAUCCCAGAAGUUUUUAAAUAACUUGCAGGAGUUUUGUGCAUGUGUGAAAACAACAUUUCAUGGGGCACAACUGUUUCACAAACUUACUGUACAUUUUGAUGGUGCUAAUAAGAGCUCUGUUUUUAAAGAAAUCACAAAGUGUCUGAAAUGUCAACACAAUUCUGCCAGUUUUUUUAUGACUCUGAAUACAAAACUGUUUUAGCCAAUGCAAACUCAUCAAACUCUUCUUUUGUUUCCGUUCUGCUUUUGUUGGAAAACCACUUUAACACCACAUCCCAGUCAGUUCUUUUAAGACGAUUUUGGGUGCUCAAACCUUGUUUACUGUCUUACAGGGUCAGACUCAGGGGGUUUGACUCCUUGUGAAUCAGUUUUGUUUUCUUUUCAUACCCAUUUUUUAAAGUCAUCAUUUCAUCACAAGAUCUGUCACACUAACACUGAUGCUGGAGACACAUUUUGGUCUUUGACGACCUUUGACAUUAGGUGCUAAUAGGUCAAGAUGUCAGGGUAGAAACAGCAAACCAACCUUAGUGAAUGGUGCUUGCAUGGUGCUUUUUUAAACUCUGCACACUGGUCUGUUAUAUGGUUCAAAACAGAGGCAAUUUCAUCAUUUCCCUGGAUGAUUACUGGCUGAUUUAUCACAAUGUUUGAGCGCAGCAGUGAAGCAAAUUAUAGUGCAAAUAUCCAUCGAUAAUUCAAGUCUUCCACACAUAACCAAACUCUGACUCUUCUUAAACAUACACACAGAAAAUGAUGAAUGUAAACCUUUUCUAAAUAAGCCGAUUUAGAGAGAACCUUUUUGAACAGGUUAUAGUUACAUUAGUAAAUGUUUCUAGUACUUAAAUGUGGACGUCCACACUGAAAGUCUUUGUAUCAACAAGGAACUAACAACUAGCACCAGCAUUAAAAAACCUGAAAAAAAGCUUUUAUUGGUAGAAACGUUGUAAAUAUGUAUGUGAACCAUAUUGUUUUUACUGUACUGUUAAUGGUGUUUAGACAAUGGAUGAUCUUGCUUAUUUUGAAACUGAAUUACUGUAUGUUGCUGAAAGUAUAUCCAGUUUAGACUUGAGAAGAGACUAAAUUUAGCAUUCCUUUUAUGGAUGGCUGAUCUCUUUUGGGAUUGUGAAAUAAAGUCAUAUUUAUA